CAGAAGCCGGUUCUAAAAACAGCCCUCUCCUAAUAAAGCGAUGGAGCGCCCGGCCUCCCUGUAACACUCGCGGGCCACAGACCGUCAGCCCCGGCGGGCCGCCCUGAGAUCGGCCGCAGCUGAUCGCCCCUGCCCCUGCAGCAAGAAGGGGACUGCUCUACCAGGUUCCAAAAGGGAGAGGUUGGCAGAGAGAAAGAGAGAGAGGUACUUCCUGCGGAUCCCACAAGAUGCCCCGGGUAGAUGCAGACCUCAAACUGGACUUUAAAGAUGUCUUGCUCAGACCUAAGCGAAGCAGCCUCAAAAGCCGAGCCGAGGUAGAUCUUAAAUGCAGCUUCACAUUUCGCAACUCCAAGCAGACCUACUCAGGGAUCCCUAUCAUUGUGUCCAAUAUGGAUACAGUUGGUACAUUCGAGAUGGCAGUGGUGAUGACUCAGCAUGCCAUGUUCACAGCCAUUCAUAAGCAUUACACCCUGGAGGACUGGAAGCUAUUUGCCACAAAUCACCCAGAAUGCCUGGAGCAUGUAGCCGUGAGCUCAGGCAGUGGACAGAGUGACCUGGACAGGAUGAGCAGUAUCCUGGAGGCUGUGCCACAGAUAAAAUAUAUCUGUCUGGACGUGGCCAAUGGAUAUUCUGAGCACUUUGUGGAAUUUGUGAAGCUUGUCCGAGCCAAAUUCCCCGAACACACCAUAAUGGCAGGUAAUGUGGUGACUGGAGAGAUGGUAGAGGAGCUUAUUCUUUCUGGAGCAGACAUCAUCAAAGUGGGAAUUGGACCAGGCUCUGUGUGUACCACUCGGACCAAGACUGGGGUGGGCUACCCUCAGCUGAGUGCUGUUAUUGAGUGCGCUGACUCUGCCCACGGCCUCAAGGGACACAUUAUCUCUGACGGAGGCUGCACUUGUCCAGGAGAUGUCGCCAAAUCAUUUGGAGCUGGUGCUGACUUUGUCAUGCUGGGAGGGAUGUUCUCAGGUCACACAGAAUGUGCGGGUGAAGUAAUUGAGAGGAAUGGUCAAAAAGUAAAGCUCUUCUAUGGGAUGAGUUCUGAAACGGCAAUGAAGAAACACUCAGGACGAGUUGCUGAAUACAGAGCCUCAGAGGGCAAGACUGUGGAAGUGCCUUUCAAAGGAAACGUGGAAAACACUAUCCUGGAUAUCCUGGGGGGUCUGAGGUCCACUUGCACCUACGUUGGUGCCGCCAAGCUCAAAGAGCUCAGUCGGAGGACGACAUUCAUCCGGGUUACCCAGCAGCACAACUCGAUCUUUAGCUAACCUGGGGGACCAAAACCCCAUUCAACUAGAGUGGAAGCUUUGACAUGCACCCGCUUUGCCCACAGUCUCCCUUCUUGUCUUGUGUAAGAGCUUCCUCGCUCCUCAUGAUGGAAGAUGCCUCCUCUGAGUGGCAGGAGGGCCUCGGGAGUCCAUAACCAGCAUCUCCUGCAGACAUGUAGCUGGAGAUGGCCUUAGUAGCCAAGCCCAGUGCUACGGUGUAGAGUGUUUGCUGCCUUCAACAAACGUUCUCAUUGUUGAAAUCCAUGUGACACCCUUCCAUUUUUUUUUAAAGAAAAUAGUUUUCACUUUAAUAUAAUGCUGUGUCUUCACAAUUGAUGGCUGGAGUCUCCAUUUGCGAGAAUCAAGCCCCAUAGUCACUGUUUGGGAAUUUUUCUGCCCAUCCAUCAGAUGUGGUAAAAGUCAAACUAGCAUUUGCUGGUAUUAGCAGUCAGACAGUGCUUCCCUAGUGGUGGCCACUGCCCAGUGGUGGUUGGGCAGGUGCCCAAGGGAGAAGAUCCCAGCAAAGCCAGCUAGGUAGGAUAAUGACCUUGAUUCCCAAGAAAGCGCCAAGAUCGUAAGUAUGAGAACAUGAAGCAUAGACUUUCUAAGUGAGCUCUGGGCUACAUAGGGGUUUGGCCCCUUAUCUUUGAUCUGUGGUGGCCAGAGGUUCAUUACAUGUGCCUUCUAGGGAUGUCAUAACUACAUAUUCAUUGAGCCUAUUACUUGUGGAAGGUGAGGGUGGUAUUGGCUUUCCCUCUUUGGACUUUUCUCCUUUCUUUCCCCCUCCCUUUUAUCUACAAAGAACACGUGUUUAGUUGUGUGCUCACGUUAAAUGUACUACAGCCUCUUCUUGUAAAGAUCCUAGUGAAAUGUUCCCACCGUUGCUAGUAAUGGGAGGGCAGCUCCCGUUAAUAUAGCUCUUUACCAGAAUGUAGUAGUAAGACUCUAAAGUAAGAGACUUUACUUGGAUAUGGUAGUGAUUAUUUCUGAUGAUGGAUAACAUGUGACUAUACUGAUGGAGUAAUUGACAGAUCACAAUGACAUUUUACAGGACGUACAUGUGGUCUCUAGAGGAAUCUCACAGGAAGUCAUGGUGACAUAUUAACAGAAUGAACCCUGGAUGAAUGGAUGCCUGGCUCCUUGUUUCAAAGAGUUACUUGGAUAUCAAUAUACUGGGAAGUUUAAGUAACUUAAAGCAGCCUUUGUUUUCACUGGACACAAGACAAUACACAGAAAUUGGGUCUCUUUAGAGAUGACUGAGACUUUUGGGAAAAGAGAAAACGGACAAACCGGGAAGCUUGUGUUUGAUUGCCCAUUGUGAUUUAGGUCAAAGGAAGAGGUCUACCUCUGGUGCUUGACCAUGCAGAAUAUCAAGUUCAACCUUACCCCCCACUUAAAGCUAUUUGAAACAUGAGGCAUAGGCUGGAAAAAAUUAUAAAGCUUUCCAUGUCUCAGAGACAUGUAUCUCACCAAUACCUUGAAGUCUAGUGGAGGCAAUUUUACCCCUUGCCUCUCCCCAAAAUACAUGAACAUAGCUCUUAAUGCUAUAUAAAGAUAAAUGUAUGAGUUACUGUUGGGAAACAAUGCAACAUCUGGAUAAUGUGGGUGGUGGAUGGGGAUUCAGAAUUGGAAAGAACCUUAGAGAUGGUCUAGUCCAACCCUCUCAUUUUACAGGAGAAAACUAAGGCCCAAAGAGACUAUGACUUGCUCAUAAUCACCCAGAUAAUUAAUGGCAGAACCAGGAAAAAAGCACGGUGUGGGCCUAUCUUGGAAAUACCAAAAUAUCACUACUUUUCAUUCUUUUUUGGGGGGGAGGGCGUAUGCCUUCAACUUCAUUAGAAAUGGGUUUCCUUUGCCUUAUUGUCUUUAUUGUUACUAUUUAUUUUUCUUAACCUCUAGUUGAAGGGAGAUUUGGGGAGGGUGCUGCUGAUGGGUUUGGGAGAGGCAGAAGGAAAACAUGAAAGGAAGUUUAAAAAAUCUCUUUUGCCCCCUAGCAACAGACAUCUUUUAAAUAUAGCUAAUUUUCUUCUUGUUGCUCUUUUCCUCUCACCUCCAAGGUGAAAACAUGAGACAGUAGUAAAUCCUACACCUAGAAAGAUGUGGUUCAUUAGCUCAUGACUCUUCUGACUUAGGACUAACUGCCCAUUCUAUGAAAUAAUGGGGCAGGCUCCUAGAUCUAUCUCACACAGGACCUUAUAUUGGGGUUAGAAGCAACCAUAGGGGUUGUCUAGCUCAACCCUCUCAUUUUUACUGAGGGCUAGGGAGACUGACAUAUCUAAGCUCACAUAAGCAGUAAGGGGUAGAAGUGGGAUUUGAGCUCAGUCCUAUAAGCUUAAGUCCUAUACUCUUUCCAGGGUACCCUAUGUGGGAGACCCCUUUGCUAAUCUUUGUUUUUAAGGAAAUGGAGGCUGAUAGAAAAGCCAAAGUAAUUUUGAUACAGUGGCCUAAAAACAAAGUAGGAGUCCAAGAACAACAAAGAUUUUUGCAAACAUCUUCUGUUGCCACAAGAUUGAGAAUAGUCUCCAUUUAGAUUGGGUUUUACAGGUUAAAUGUGUUUUCAGAGACAAUAUUUCAUUUGAUCCUCAGAUAGCAACAGGUGUAUGGAGCAGGAAGCAUUACCCCCAUUUUUACAGAUGAAAAAAUGGAGGGCUAGAUGUUAAAAGUGAUUUGCCUAAUAAUCAAGACCACGCAUAUUGUUGUUGGGGGGAGGGGAGAGCCAGGAUUGCAACUUAGGUGAUAGAAACAUAGGAUUGUAAAUUUAAAACUGGAAAGGACCUUGGCAGUCCUCUAGUCCAACACUCAUUUAACAAUUGAAGAGACUGAGACCAGGAGAAAUGAAGUCACUUGCCCAAGGUGAAUGUCAGAGCCAGGAUUGGAACCCAGGACCUCCAGAUCUAAAUUUGACAUUCUUUUUACCGUGUCUUGAUUGGUCUUUGGAUUCCAAGCGUAGCAUUCUUUUCACAGCACCAUGUUGCCUCAGUGGGCAGCUUGGUGGUGCAAUGGGUAAAGCACUGGGCCUGGAGUCAAGAAGACUCCUCUUCAAGAAUUCAAA